GACAGGCCAACCUCAAUCAAUUUAUCUAUACUAGCCGAUAAAGCUACUACCGUAUAGCUGGUAAUUUCCGGGGGGCAAAAUAUAAGCUGCUUAGCUGACAGUAUACCGGUAGAUAUCUAUUAUCUAUGCUAACAGCUAGCUAGCUAGCUAGUUGAGUGUUGUAUAUACAGCUAAGUGUUAUAAAAAUGACUCAACGGUUUCUCAAGUUCUACAACAACAUUACUGUCAUAUUCUAUUUAUCUUCUCAGAGUGCCACCACUGCACAAUAUUCAGUGAGUGUGGAGAGACCAUGUCCAAUGGAAACAGUCACUUUCACCUGCACUACUCUUGGAGAUGUCAUGAGAUGGGCACCAUCAGAUGUUACUGACAUUACUGUCCUCUCCACCUUGGGUCUCAAUCUACCACAAAUGCAGUCAGGUUACACUGUGACACUGAUUGCAUUCAACGACACUACAUUAACAUCUACUCUGUCAAGAACAGCAGAGAAUGGGAUCACUGUGUCCUGUGUGGACCCACUACCUAAUCUGAUCACAAUAGGAUCUUCAAUGAUUCAAUUGGUUGAUCCACCAGGACCACCUUCCACCAUCAGACACUCCAUUCUGAGCAGCUCAGCCGAUGCAGUCAGUGUAUCUGUACAGUGGAGCCCUCCUACUGAAACUGGUGGCAGAAAUGACCUCACCUACACAGUGACCAUCUCACCUCCACCCCAGCUCUCUGCUACUGUCCUCACAUCCACCUCUGUCACUGUGACUGCUCAAUACAAUGUGGACUAUGCUGUCAGUAUUGUGGCUACCAACUGUGCUGGGAACAGUACAACAGCUGAGUACAAUUUUAGAAUCGGUGGCUGUCUUGCGUUAACUAACCCCAUGAAUGGAGCGUUUGAACCUGUCUUCAGCAGAUUGCCAGGAUCUACAGUAAACAUACAGUGUGAUGCUGGGUAUGUGUCUGCUGUUGCGAUGGUGACAUGUGAUGAUACACUGAUGUGGAGUCCCAACCCUGAGGCUACUGAGUGUACAUCACUACCCACACUCCCUCCCACAACUCCUCCAAUGAACUGCAGAGCUUCACUACCACCACCACGGAAUGGCACCAUCGGUAAUCAUUCAGUACCAGCUAUUCCUGGUACACAAGUGACCUUCCAGUGUGAUGAUGGACUGUUCCCUGAGCGCACUAUGACUGCCACUUGUCUAGCUACAGGAGAGUGGGACAAGAACCCAGGGGAGAUCGUCUGCAGAAAUGAGUCUAUUUUGUGUGUCCUGCCCGUCCCUCAACUCAAUGGAGCUUUACUCAACACCAACUCUCAGAACACUGAGGGUUCUGUCAUUACCUUUCAAUGUGAUCCUGGGUUCUCACUGGUGGGUGCAGUGACUGCAUCUUGUAACAACUCUGGUCUUUGGGAUCCUGACCCGGCUCUAUUAAAGUGCAUGUCUAUAAGUUUUCAGUCCCCCAUCCUAUUUACUGGAGAGAUUCUUUCUAUCAGUGUAGUUGUCACUGCAGUUGCUUUCAUAGUCAUUGGAUUCCUCACUGGACUCUUAGUGAUGCACCUUUGCUCUCGUAAGAAAGCAGUGUACUUCCCAGCAGCUAAAGGACAAGCUAACAUAAGACCCACUACACCAGUCGGUCCUGUUUAUGAGGAGGUGUCACCCAAAGAGGAGAUUGAACUGAACACUAACCAAGCGUAUGGACCAUUAGGACUGUGAAACUUCGAAAACUAUAUAUAGUGUGUAACAUUCCAACAGGCAUAAUUAUCGGUUAUAACAACAUGUAUGUAGUAUAAUUAUAGUGUAUAAUUAUAGUAUGUAAUUUUUGCCACAAAUGCGAUGUGAAAAGUUGGUAAAAU